AAUACGAGCAGAAGUACGUCCCGGCGCAACUAUCUGGGUGUCCCGUGAGACUAGACGAAAGCGACGAGACGAAGGCACGUCUUUUCGCGAAGCAGCGAAACUCGUCUGCCACAUCAAACGGUUGCCACGAUGGCUUCGUCAUCACCGUCUCCGCUAAGAGAACCGUCGGCGCAGUUAAAUGAAAAUUCCGAAACUACCGCCAUGAAGACCGAAAGCGAAUCCCCGACGCCGGAAAACUCGUUGCACCUGGGCGAGAUCGCGAUCGAGGCUUCGGAAAUCGUAAGCCGCCUGGAACAGGCAGUGGAAGCCGAGCCCGUCAAAAAACCGACCGCGACGACGGUGUUCCUCGGCCUCGAAAAAAAACACAGCAACGAAAUAAUACAGAUAAUACAGGGUCUAAUUUCGACCGACGAGGACGGUGAACCGUUGCACGUCCCCCCCGUCGACAGUGUCACCAAAUUGGUGAUGAUUUCGCACAGUCUGGCCGCGUUCUGCGGCAGCCUUCAACGUCCCGUCGCGCAGAAACUGAGCGCUAGGUUCACGGCCGAUACCACGCGAUGGAUCAGCCAAAUGUUCGGAUUUCUAGAUUGUUCCGCGUUCUACCACGAGGACCUACUCGAGGGCGUGGUCCGUGUUACUCGCAUGAUGCUACACUACAAGUACCCGCGAUACCUGGAAGAUGGCGCGCUGGCGUUCACCUCAUCCCCGCCCACCAUCUACAGCAGUAUCGCGAGUCCUUUAGGGGCGGUGCAGCACAUGUGCCGCCAGUUGGGAUUGCCGCUCGCCUGCGUCAGGCCCGUGCCCGUGAAUACCCAUUUCGGCUCACAACACACGAUGGAUGUGGCGGCGUUGCAGAAAAUGCUUUCGGACGACUCCGCCCACGGUCGGGUACCGGCGAUCGUGAUCGCGGACGCGGGAACGCCCGUCACUGGCCACGUGGACAACCUACCGAGGAUAAGGGAACUGUGUCGCGCUUACGACUGCUGGUUGCACGUGCGCGGUCACAGUUUGGCCGCCCUCACCUUGCCCAGUCACCAACGGAACGGGCCGAUAAACCCGAUCGCCGACAGUUUUACGCUGACCCCGGCCAGCUGGUUGGGCGUUCCGGGUCUUCCGAACGUUACGUUGUACAGGUUAUGGGACAGUUCAACGAAUAGUAACCGGAAACAAGUGGGCGCCUCUAGGGAGAGCACGCUGCCCCUUCUGGCGGGCCUUAACACCGACCACCACGGCAAGCGGAUACUGGCGCUGCCCGCGUGGGCCGCGCUCCAGAGCCUCGGCAAGGAGGGCGUGAUCGCGCGCAUGCGCGACAACUUCCUAGCCAGCGAGCGCCUUUUCGCCGCGCUUGACGUGUUCAAACACGUCAGGCUGCUGGGUCCGAGGCCGGGCGGCGAGACCGGCGCCUUCACCAUACCCGAGCUGAUGUCAAAACCAGCUACCGUAGCGAUGCUGUUCGAGUCGACGUCGACGUGCGUCGUAUUCCAGUUCACGCCGGAGGCAGAGGAGGAGCGCGAGAGCGUCGUCCGUGUACCUCCCUACUAUGACCGGCUCAACUCGUGGCUCGGACAGAUCCUGCAGAUCGACGCCCCGCAGGUGCCAAUCGAUAUUUGCGAGCUGGAUAACGUCGGCGUCGUGCUGCGUUUUUGUCCUUUCGAGAAUGCGACGUCGGGACGCCAACCGACCGUCGACGAGCUCAGGGCGUUUGUUCAGUGCCUUGAGCAGCAGCUGGUCAUAUUGCGCGCCACUAUCCACCACCGCGAGACUUUUAGGAAGCUGGUCGCCAGGUCGCCAGUGUUACGACUCGUCGAGUUGCCCGAAUGGGCCGGUAUGGGCGGGGUCAGGUACUGCCCCGAGGGUUGGGAGAACCUGCUUACCGACCAAGCGAGGGAAGAGCUCAACAAUUUGAACGCGGCGUUGGUGGAUGCGCUCCGUUCGACCGACGCCGCCUUCUCCCUCGGUGAGGGACAGGACGGCCUGGUGUGCGUGCGCUUUGGCAUGUUGACCCCCCAAUCCGACGUCGAGGAGUUGCUCAACCUGGUGGUGCGGGUCGGCCAGUCGGUGGAGGAAAAUUCGCGCGUCCUCGACUCCAUGAGCGAAAUCGUCAAGAAAGGCAUCGAAACCGCUACCAAGGACCUGCAGAAGGAAAACGAGGAAAGGCUGUGGCAGGAGGGCAUCAUCAGACACGUGCCUAUCGUUGGCAAUCUGGUGAACUGGUGGUCGCCAAAGACGAAGGAAGCGGGCAUACGGGGCCGCAGUCUUAACCUGACGCAGGGCGUGGUCGAGUCGACGGAGAACAUCUACAAGUAUCAUAUGCAGUUGACAGCGGGGACAGGGGGACCUAAGAGUCCGCCGACGCCCCAGAUUCAGACGCCAGUCAGUGCGAACCAUUCGAGGUCGAGUAGCCACGCCUCGAGUCAGGCAUCGGUCGCAAAGGAGGGGCGAGGAAGCGGAAACCGCCCCUCCCAGGAUAGCGACGAUUUGACGAAGCCUCCCGCGAAGCCCUAACUGACGUAUUACGUGGAGGUGUAGUGAUGGGCGUAGGGCCUGGCGACUUGCGAUUGUUUUUUUUUUGUUUCGGUAUUCGAGCGCGGCCGUAUGCCGAAAAAGUAGAAAGGGGGCGUGUCUGGAGGAUUAUUAGUCGUGUAGCUUUUCUAUUUUGACAAAUUUAAUUUUUUUGAUUUUGAUUUUUGAAUAGUCUGCCUUUUUUUUGGUUUAACAAAGAAUUACCGUUUUGAAAUGUUCCCGUAAAUUCCAGUUUAGAUUUUAUUUAUUUUAAAGAAAAGUUAAAAUUUAAAUUAUUCUUUGAACUUCGAUUUUUUGUGCACCUGACUUUGUGGUCCGCCGACGCUGGAGCAGAUACAGCACGAGUUUUGCCAAGAGCCAUUAAAUUUUACAAAACUGUGCAUACAAAGUUCGGUGCACAUUUAGCCAGUUUUUUUUUAAAGGCUGUAUAUAUUUUUUAUUACUUUAGUAAGUUUUCGUUAAAAAAUAUUUUUUUAUUUUCUGCCACCCCCUUGGCAUCGUUCGAAAAUCCGUCUUGCGCCGAAGCCGGGUCUGUAAAGGUGUACAUACGCGAGGCGAGCUGGCUCGUCAUUGUUAUCAUUUAAUUUUUACUUUAUGGUAUUAUAUUCUUUACCGUUGCGGACUGUACGUAUUAGAAUGUAUUUUAAAUACAUAUUUGGUGCACCCGGAUCUUCCUUGUUGUACACGUCGGUAGGUCUUAGCUGCCGAGGAAAUAACCAAAGAGCUUGCGAGGCUUGACAUUUGUAAAAUAAAGAUUUUAUUCGAGUCGCAUUUUGUUUUCCCUCCAUCCCUUGGCGUCUUCGGAGUGGCAGCGUGUAAAGUGCAUAAAAAUACCCGGAACCUAGACCCUAUAAUGCCACCUUCACGGUUGUUGACGUGUGUAUUCAAAGCAAACACGAUUUUUAACGCUUUCACAUUCACUAAAUUGGUUUUAUCAUUUCAUUCUGUGCUUUCGACGCUGGUCAAAAACAAAACUCCAUUUGA